GUGAAAUUAAUUAAAUUAACUAAAAUCCAGAGUUGAAGGAUAAAAUCUGUUAGUGACUUCAUAUCAUUUAAAAUGUAUAAAUUACAAACCACAGCCAAUAGUAGGCGUAAGAAACGACGUACUAAAAUAGCCUCAGACGUCACUCUGCCAAUCAGAACAGAGAAGACGGGAUUGGCUACUUACGCAGAGGCGGGACCGCUGAGCUGCCUGAAACAUUUACAUCUCUGACUUCUCAGCAGGGUCACAGGUAAUGUAACAAAUGCGAGCAGAUACUUUCUAGUCGUCAGCCAUCAUUUCGUUACCUUCUGUUUGCCAAUAUCCAACCAAACAGAACAAUUGGACACAAUUGUAGCUAGCUAACACUUUACGGCUAAUAGCAGUUGUCGUGGCAUUGUGGCUGAGUAACUUCGUUUCCACUUUUGACCGCUGUACCUAACUGGUGCAAAAUUAUCUAAUUCCAACUCAAUUGGUGGGGGGGAUGUGAGUUACAUAUAAGUAACUUGGGGGCAAAAAAUGUCCACAAUUGUGAAUCUCAAUUUCCAGAAAUAAAGCUUUAUUAAAACUUACCAAGGAUGCGGACGGGUACCCAAACAUUCUUUGACAGUUGAGCAUCUAAUUCCAAAACCAUGGGCUUUGAUAGGAUAUUACAGAUACAGAUGUUACUGAUAACAUUAAGAACAAACUGCAUUCCAUUUGACUGAGCUGUUCCCAGGGUCCUGGUGUUGUGCAUGCUGGCUCACUGUCAUUGUCAAGGCCUGAUUGGACCCUUGAUGGAACUGGGCCAUUAAGGAAAUUUAUUUCAUCUGUGCUUUUUCUGCUAUGAAAAGUCAAAACUUCAUGCUGUAAGAAAAGGUCUCUCUACUGCUAUAACAGCUUCAGGUCUUCUGGGAAGGCUUUCCACAAGAUUUUGGAAUCUGGCAGCAGAGUUUUACUCCUAUUCAGCCAGAACAGGCCAGGCAUUAGUGAAGCAUUACUAAUGCUUGGCCAGGCCUACAAUGAGGCCCGGCCUAGGUCGUAGUCGGCGUUCCAAAUCAUCCCAAAUGUGUUACAUGGGGUUGAAGUCAGGGCUCUGUGCAGGCCAGUCAAGCUCUGCCACACCAAACUAGGAAAACCCUGUCUUUAUGGUCCUGGAUUUGUGCACAGGGGCAUUAUGUUGAAACGGGAAACUAACACAAAGUUGCAAGCACAGUAUUAUCUAAAAUGUUGUAUGCAAUAGUAUUAUCCCAAAAUAUGAAAAAUAGCCCAAGACCAAAAUCACACAAGUGCAGUACUUAUAGUCAUUGUGUAAUAUUUUAUGUAACAUAAUCACAUUUGCGUAUUGUGAAGUUGUGUGUUUGCAGCCGAGGAAACGCACAGGAAUUAAAAUGGACUGGUUCCAUUGUAACCAGUGCUUUGCAAGGAGAGGGUCCGUGUUUGCGGUGUCCAGCUGUGGCCACAUCUGCUGUGAAGCAUGCAUUAAAUCUAAGCAGUGCAGCGUUUGUGGGGCCAGCUGCAGUUAUCUGCCUAUCACUGAUGAGAUGAAGCCACAGGAAAAAGUGUUUUUCAAGGACCCUGUGAAGCUCAUCCAGUCACGGCUAGAGCACAUAUCAGAGAUUGCACUUUUUCAGCGGGCACACAUGGAGAGAGUCACAGCGCACUUCAAGCACAAGUCUGUUGAAUUGGAAGGGCGUCUGAAGGAAGUCACUGAGCAGGGAUACAGGCAACUCUCCGAACUGAAGAGAGAGAAUGCUAGCUUGAAAAGGCAACUUUCAGAGCUGAAAAGAGAGACUGCUGAAUUAAAAAAGCCACUUUCUCAGAGGAGGGUUUCUCCAGGACAGUUCCAGACAGACAGUACUCAAAGGAUGUACCUCCCUGUGGCUGUCACCUCCCCAGUUACCCCUCGUUCAAGAAGUAUCAGUCACUUGGGUUCAGCAGAGUCCCAGGGGUGGGCGACAGGCAGAGGUCCCAGUCUCUCCUCCCUCACAACUCCUGGAUCAGCUACCUCUAUUUCCAGCCAUAGUUCUCUUCAUGAACAUGUACACAGAACACCAACAUCCUUCAGCACCCCUACAAGAGCUCAGCAUCAGACUCCUGUUUUCCAGCUCCAGUUUAUGAGUGGAUUAUCAAUACAGUCUCCCAGGUGUUAAUGAAAUGGAACUGUGCUAGUGACAAACAUUUGUCAGUUUAGG